AUGUGGUCACUAGAUGACAUACUACAACUCGACGAGGCAGGCCCUGCAAGCACAACCGACAUGCCUGGGGUGCCUCCAGACACCAGCAGCCUCAUCGAGGCACCGACUGGGACGCAAUCCCGCAACGACCCAGCCGUAGGUUACGACGCGGAAAUUGCAUAUGGUGUCGCCCUGGAGGAGUAUCAGGCGUGGGAUCUCGGGCCCAACGUGGGGUUCCCGAAUGAACAUACCGCGAUAGAGUCAUCUUUACUCGAUGGAGUAGACAUGACCGGGUCGCUGAUGAGCGACACCGACCUGUGGGCGGAUUAUGACGGGCGGGUCGCUGACGACAAUAUUAGUGGUGGGUGCGAAGAUCCGUACAUUCCACCGGACACGGGAGCGCCACUCCUGUCAGACAACCCGACGCCCUGGGCCUGCAACACCGCCGUCGCAGGGCCCUCCACCUUCCCGGGUGCACUCGAGCACGCGGGCGGCACGGCUGGGGUCGACCAUGCCCCCCCGGUCACCGACCAAUCGCGCAGGGAUCACGUAUCCCUCGCGAUCAACCCUGGUCUGCUAUAUGCAGAACAGGGUAGCAUCACAAACGAAUACGCGGCUAUCCUAGACGACGAUGGGUGGGACGAAGAAGACGUCAUAGAGAGUGACUACGAAGAGGUUGCAGAAGAUGACAAAGACGACGCUCCCAUCACUCACGACGCUGACGAGCCAACUACCUUUGGCGAAGACGAUGAACACUUCCCUGCCACGGAGGACGGAGCGAUCAUUACCGACGAUGAGAGAAGAAGCGUCGAAUUCCAUCCAAUCGCUUUUCCAAUCGAAGGGCGAGUCACCCGCUCACAGGCGGCCCUAUCCCACAAUGCAUCAUCGACGAGGCCAAACGAUAAGGGGAAACAGCGCGCACAGCCAGAGCCAUGCAACAAGGAAAGCACCCAGUCGCCCACGACCAGCGGGAAGCGCAAGGAGCCUUCUGACCCGCGCGAUGACAAGCAGGACGUUCCACCAAGAAGGAAUUACACUGGCGGGAAUAUAGGGACGGGCGAUUGGAGGUGCCUAGAGCCGAAAUGCACCCGAAAGUAUCGACGUGAGGCUGACAUGAAGCGGCAUUGGCAGUGGGAGUGUGUUGUGAGGAAUCCCAAGCUGCUGAAGGUAGUGCUCUGCGAGUACUGCGGCAAGAGGUACGUAAGGCCAGACGUACUGAGAGUCCACUUGAGGACAUGCAAGAUCAAGAAGGCACAAGAGGAGUCUCAGGCAGGUGGUUUGAACGAUGGCGGGAGCGGGCGAAGAGGACCUGUAUGCCUGCCAAAUCGUGUCGUUGGUACUCACAGGAUUUGUAUUGAGUCCUUCCAUCCUUUCCACUCGUCCACCUGCCUUGACCCAACUUCCUAUGAGCUUGAUGCUUCGCUACCUGGAUCACGUAGAUGUCGUAAUCUAUUCAUGGCAAACGACUUGUCUUGUGGUGUACGGCCGGCGUCCAGCUCGAAGUACAGGGAGCAAGGACUAAGAUCGAUCUUCGAAAGGUGCGGUCGAGCAGACAAGAACGAAGACUUCGUGAGCCGAGUCGGCGACGGUGAAGACGAGAGGUGGCGAUAUACUCGCUGUCGCGAUCACUCAACCACGAAACCCUACCGAAAAAUGCUUAUUACAACGUUGCGCGAGGUCUGCUGGCGAGAAAUGACCCAUGGGAAGCAGUAUUUGCACAAGAACGAGAUUUAUUCAAGGGAAAUGAGCAGUUCUACGGGGUCUAGCGUUGUAGAUCCUAACACCCUGAAGGCGGGUCCCGUCACUACAGACUAG